CUAACCCCCAUAGACCCCAACAUGUACACUCAAAAUAUUCUCCAACUCACAUAACAGAAACACAGAGAGAGAAAGAGAGAUGAUUGAGACGGUUAAGCACCUGAUCGGCUCCGGUGGCCGCAGCGGAUUCGGCUCUAGAUCCACCGCCGAUCAUGUCACUGCUAAUUCUGAUCUCCGAUCUCUUACUGCCAUCAUCACUGGAGCGACGUCGGGGAUCGGAGCGGAGACGGCGCGUGUUCUGGCUAAGCGCGGGGCGAGGCUUGUGAUUCCGGCUCGGAGUGUGAAAACCGCCGAGGAAACAAAGUCGCGUAUCCUCUCGGAGUUUCCGGAUGCGGAGAUCAUCGUGAUGCAUCUCGACCUCAGCUCCCUCUCCUCCGUUCGUCGAUUCGUCGCCGAUUUCGAAUCUCUUCACCUCCCUCUCAACAUCCUCAUCAACAAUGCCGGGAAAUACGCGCACAAGCACGCCAUCUCCGAGGACGGUGUGGAGAUGACGUUCGCCACUAACUAUCUCGGCCAUUUUCUGCUCACUAAACUUUUGCUCAACAAUCUGAUCCACACGGCGAAACUUACCGGCGUUCAAGGCCGUAUCGUCAACGUCACUUCCGUUAUCCACAGCUGGUUCUCCGGCGACUUGUUGCAAUAUCUCGCCGAUAUCUCCCGAAACAACAGGAAUUACGACGCGACCCGAGCUUACGCGCUAUCCAAGCUCGCCAACGUUCUGCACACCACUGAGCUCUCACGGAUUCUCCAUAACAUGGAUGCUAAUGUUACGGCAAACUGUGUUCAUCCUGGAAUCGUGAGAACACGUCUCACAAGAGACCGAGAAGGCUUCGUCACAGAUUUAGUGUUUUUCUUGACCUCCAAGCUAUUGAAGUCUGUUCCUCAGGCAGCAGCAACGACAUGUUACGUGGCAACAAGUCCGAGACUGAGGAACGUGUGCGGCAAGUACUUCUCCGACUGCAACGAAACUCGGACAUCUAAAUUCGGAUCGUGCAGUCUUAAGGCUCAGAGAUUGUGGACUGCUUCUGAGUUGUUGGUUUCUCCAGCUUCCACUCCAAAUGUUUAUCAAACAAAAAGUUUGGAUAUUAUGAAAUCGUAUCUCCACGCCAAAUACGCAAGAGAGCCCAUGGCGCUAAGCCCAUCUAAAUUUGAAAAUAGAAUAGCAAGAGAGCCCAUGGCGCUAAGCCCUAGACCCUUUCUCCUUCCUUCCCCGGGACUAAAACCUCGCCUGAAAACGGAACAUCAAGCUCCGGCUGAAAUGGCGAAUGCCCAGAAAGUCUUCACUGCCGAAACGUUAAGGUCUGCUGCCAGGCAGUGCCUCCGAUGCCUCGUCGUUCCCGUCCGUCUCCGCCGGGCUAUCAAGAUAUAUCUUCGCGAGGAAGAUGAUCCGCACAUUAGGAAGAAGGUGCGUCAGUUAUCGGAAUCAUUCCAAGAGAUUAAGGACACGAACCUGCUGUUGCCUGAGACGACGGCCAAGAGUUUAGCAGACUCUAUGAACUCGGUGGAGACCAAGCGAUGGAAGAUUCAGACCGUUUAUGGAGAUAGCGGCCUCGAAUACAGAGACGGCGAGACCGCCGCUUACAUUGCUUCUCGCAUGCCCGCCGUCUUCUCCGUCUGCUACAGAGUACUCAUUGAGAUUCGUCGAAGGUUACCAGAGUUUGCGCCUACAAAAGUGCUGGAUUUUGGUGCCGGCACCGGUUCUGGAUUCUGGGCGGUUCAAGAGGUUUGGCCAAAGUCUGCGGAGAAGAUCAAUAUUGUGGAACCAUCGCAAUCGAUGCAGCGUGCAGGACGGAACUUGAUUCAGGGCCUCAAGGAUUUGCCUCUCAUCCAUGGGUAUACUAGCCUGCUAGCUCUUUGCGAACAGAUCAACAAAAAAUCUAACUGCAAAAGUUCCAAAGAUGCCGAGAGGAAACAUGAUCUUGUGAUCGCUUCCUAUGUGCUAGGGGAGAUACCGUCUCUAAAAGACAGGAUUACUGUGGUUCGCCAGCUCUGGGACCUUACGGAUGAUCUCUUGAAACUGCGUAAACUGGAAAGCAAAAUGAAGAAAGAUGGAAAGGACGUGCUCGAUCUCAAAUCGGGUGCCCAUAUUGUUGCUCCAUGCCCUCAUGAUGGAAAAUGCCCGUUGGAAAACACUGGAAAGUAUUGCCAUUUUGUUCAGCGGUUGCAGAGAACUUCGUCCCAGCGUUCCUACAAGCGUACAAAAGGUGUCCCCUUGCGUGGGUUUGAGGAUGAGAAGUUCUCUUUUGUGGUUUUCAGGAGAGGUCAGCGCCCACGGGAACCAUGGCCUCUGGAUGGUAUGAAGUUGGAGACUUUGAAGGAGAUGCGCGCGAGUAGGAAGCCCGAGGAUCUCGAGAUUGAUUAUGAGGAUUUUAUCAAAUCACAGGUGGUUGAGGUGCCUUACAUGGAUCCAAAAGAAUACGACUCUGAUGUCAUGGAGGAGGAGGAGGAAGAAGAAGGAGACGGUGCAGGUACUGAAGAGGAGGAGGAGAGAGGGAGGGCGAGCGUGGGAGGAGGAUGGGGAAGGAUCAUAUUCCCUCCAUUUCGUAAGGGGAAGCAAGUGACGUUGGAUAUGUGUGUGCCGAGCAACGAGGAGGCCUCAGAGGGAGCGUUUGAGAGGAGAGUGCUCACCAAAAGCAAGAACCCUCUUCUUCACUCGCUGGCCAAGAAAUCCUUUUGGGGAGACCUUUGGCCAUUAACAACCACUCAACAAGACAAUAAUGGCAAAGCGAAUAAAAAAGUAGAUGCCGAGUGGUGUCGCCCGGAUCAGGGCCAGAAAUGGGGUGCCUGGCCUUGAAGCCUUUAGAGUUUCGACUUGAGAGGAUUAUUUAUCUAUUAUUAUCCUUUUGUAAAAUCAUCAUUCUGUGAAAAGAGUGCUAGUUUGAAAGACAGCAUCCCACUGAGAGAGAUACCUUGCCAUCAUCAUACCGCAUAAAUUAGAAUUGCAAAUAUGAAAAAGUUUGUUUAAAAGACAUUUUCUCACGGUUUAGAAUUGAAAAAAGAUUGUUUAGAAUUGAAAGAGAUUUUCGCU